AUGCCCAAGUCGAAACGCUCAAAAAUCGUCUCGUUGACCAAGGUCGCAAAGAAGACAAGAGAGGACAAGAACGUGUUCCUACAGGAGAUCCAAGAAAAUGCCGACAAAUGGCAAUACUGCUGGUUGUUCGAGGUCGGCAACAUGCGCAAUUCGCACCUAAAGACCGUCCGGAAACUAUGGAAAGACACCGCACGGAUAUUCUUUGGCCGCGGCGCGGUCAUGGCAAAAGCGCUCGGCGCAACGCCCGCAGAAGAGCACCGGCUCGGGCUGCACAAGCUCGCCAAGCAAAUCAAGGGCCAAGUCGGGCUCUUCUUCACCGACACUGCCCCGGAAGAAGUCGUCGACUGGUUCGCGGACUUCCAGCAGCCCGACUUCGCGCGCACCGGCAACCGCGCGACGCGCGCGGUCGUGCUCCCCGCGGGGCCCGUGAUGCAGCAGCACGCGACGCCGCCCGAGCCGUUCCCGCACAACGAGGAGCCGCAGCUGCGCAAGCUGGGGCUGCGCACGCGCAUGGACCGCGGCGUGCCGACGCUCGACGUGCCGCACACGGUGUGCGAGGCGGGGCGGGUGCUCACGCCCGAGCAGACGCAGCUGCUGAAGCUCAUCGGGAUCAGGAUGGUCACGUUCAAGGUCGGACUGCGCGCAAGAUGGGAGGCGGAGAGCGGGGAGGUCGUGCAGGUCGAGGGCGAGGCGGUCGAGGCGGACGCGGCGCCGGAGGAGGAGGUCGAGGCGGCGGAGGCGGAGAGUGCCGAUGCGGUGAUGAGCGAGUGA